AUGCAAAACAUAAAGACCCAAACUAUAAGUACAAACGAACUCAUUUUCUGGCUCCGAGAAAACAUUUCUCCGCAUUUGAGUUGCAUACAAGAUCUUGGAACAGGAGCCGAAUUUUGUCUGGGUGUUGAAAUUCUCUUCCCUGGAUCUAUUGAUUUAGAGAAAAUUAGAUUCGGUGAGAAAACAGAAUAUGGUAGAAGGAAAAAUUUCCAACAACUUCAAAACGCUUUUACCAAAAUGAACGUCAAUAUCAAUAUUCCAAUAGAAAAUUUGAUCAAAGGUAGUUUUAAGUACAAUUUGUAUUUUGGACAAUGGUUUAAACAGUUUUUCGAAAAACAUUAUAAUUGUAGGUCGUAUAAUAUGAUGAAAUUCGAAACCUUAGACUCUAAUAAAAGACACCGAGUUAAAAUUUCUAAAUCAACGAAGAAAAUGUUUAAAAAAAAAUGGCCACUUAAGAUGUCAGAUGUUUCUUUAAAUGAAAGCAUAGUUCGGAAAGACGAAAAUAUAUCUCCAUUACAUCACCAUGUCGUUGUCAAACCGAAACUAAUAGCCAACAAAUUAGCAGUCACAUAUACAGAGUAUUCGGAUAAUAUUAACAAGAAAUCAAAUUCUGUAAUUUCAAAUAGCCAUGACACGACUAGUUCAAACCCAAAUACUCUAACUAGCAACACCAGUAUGGACGCAGAUUCAGAAUCAGACGACACGUUCAUGCCAUCUGACACACAUAUGCAAGCGGAAUAUAAGUCGUAUGUAUUUGUUCUGCGUGCAUUAGAAAAAAACGUUCAACAUCUACAACACGAGAAUAAAAAGUUGAGAGACGAGAAUAUGAAAAUGAAAGAAAAGAACGAACGCAUGCAGUUGGAGAUGGAAACAUACCAGAGAAUUAAAGCAGAGUGUCGAAUGAUGGCUUGUCUGCUAGAAAGAUUUAGAGAAUAUCGUUAA